GCGUCUGCUCGUCGCCAGGAUGUUCCAGCCGACCCCGAAACGCUGCUUCACCAUCGAAUCUCUGGUGGCCAAAGACAGCCCUUCCUUGCCCGCCUCCCGCGCCGAGGAUCCCAUCCGGCCGGCGGCGCUCAGCUAUGCCAACUCCAGCCCCAUGAAUCCUUUCCUCAACGGCUUCCACUCGGGCGGGCGGGGAGUCUACUCCAACCCGGACUUGGUCUUCGCCGAGGCGGUCUCGCACCCGCCGAAUCCCGCCGCCGUCCCGGUCCACCCCGUGCCCCCGCCCCACGCCUUGGCCGCCCACCCGCUGCCUUCCUCGCCCUCGCCGCACCCGCUCUUCGCCUCGCAGCAAAGGGACCCGUCCACCUUCUACCCUUGGCUCAUCCACAGAUACCGGUAUCUGGGCCACCGGUUCCAAGGUAAUGAAACCAGCCCGGAGAGUUUCCUCUUGCACAACGCACUGGCCCGGAAACCGAAACGGAUCCGCACCGCUUUUUCUCCAUCCCAGUUACUGAGGUUGGAACACGCUUUUGAAAAAAACCACUACGUGGUCGGGGCGGAAAGAAAGCAACUGGCCCACAGCCUCAGCCUCACGGAAACUCAGGUAAAAGUUUGGUUUCAGAAUCGAAGGACAAAGUUCAAGCGGCAGAAGUUGGAAGAAGAAGGCUCGGACUCCCAACAGAAGAAGAAAGGAACUCAUCAUAUUAACCGGUGGAGGAUCGCCACCAAGCAGGCCAGCCCAGAGGAGAUCGAUGUCACGUCCGAAGAUUAAAGCACCCCUGUAAACAAGUAGAAAAAGCAGCAGCAAAAAGAGAGAAAGAGAGAGAGAGAGAGAGAGAGAGAAAGAAAGAGAAACUCGAUGCUGGCGCUUAACAGACUUUUCCAGGAACACCUCACACGGGACAAGCCCAGGAAAGUGAGUGUCGUAGCCGGGCAAGAGAGAGAGAGACAGAUUCUGGCUUGUUCGCACGGCCCCCAUCUGGCUUAGACAGAGUCAGGGGCGAGAGU